AUGGUUGCAACCCCUGAAAAGCUGGGACCAGAUGAGCAACAAGCAACAAACACCACAGUUGCAAUUGGAGAAGAAACUUCAACAGCAUCCACGAACCAAUGCAGUGAAAGCAAGCUUGUGGCUGAGUCUUCAGAAAUGAGCUGCAGCCCAGAAGAAAAGCUUGAGGAACCCAGUGAGAUGUCGGAGGAAAAGCAAAAUGAGGAAACGCUAGGAGCUGAAGAAGGUGUUCCUGAGGUUGUUGCCCAAAGUAGCGAGACACUGAUUGUUGUGGAGGCGGAGGGACAAGCAAACGCCACGUCCAUCGACCCGGCUGAAGUUAACAAUGCACAAGAAGAAGAGACCAAAGAAGUCACGUGUAAUGUUGAGUCAGCAGCUCCAUCUGACCUUCUUCAGAGCAGUAGCCAUGAGGUGAAAUGUGACAGCGGCGUCCAGUCGUCUGACACCGUUGUUGAAAGUGGGCAGACACCUAUACAGGAGCUGGACAUCAUGGAUGCACUCGAUUGUGGAAUCUCAUCGGAUGAAACGACUAAAGACGUUUUUACCGCGAGACCCAUAGAAGUGACGGAGGCCUUGGAUGUGGAGACACCAAACGAAGCUUCUCCAGAGACUCAAACGGUGGAGACGGAACCAAACAGAAUAUCUGAUGACAAGGACACCAAUGUUGUCGCAGUGUGUUCCUUCUGUGAGCAAGUCAUUGAUGGAAACAUCAGGAUAAUCCUCAAUGAACCUGCAAUUAGCUGUCACCCCGAGUGUCUGAAGUGUGCUGUCUGCGCCUGUGUGCUGGGGAACCUCACUUCUCCAAUGUUCCUGCGUAAGCAGCAAAUCCAGUGUGAGAUCUGCUCUGCAAAUCCUAUUACGACCUGA